GGAUCUAGACCAGCCACACUGCAAGACUCGUGAGGAUUUUAAUUGCAACCAAGGGGAGGUAGAUGAGCCAAGAUUGGAAGGGAAAGGACUGAGGUGAGAGAGAGAAAUGAGAGUGGAGAGAGUGUGGAGGAAGAGAAAGGCAACAUCAGUGCCGGAGAAGGUGAAAACAACACCGGUGCUGUGCUGGAGAAGGGAGGAGAGAAGGAUGAGUCAUGCAACAAAGUAAAGAGGAAAGCAAUUUAUAGCACUUGUACGCCUAGCUCGGACUAGCUGUAGUGCCAUCUACCACAUAUGGAGGGAGAGACAGAAGAAUUCAUACUCAAACUAUCAGAUCGUUACCAGCCAUGCAUUCAGACAACUAUUCAAUCUGAUGUCAAAGAUAAAAUCAUGGGAUAUGCCAAAACAGGAGCUUCUCCUAUGCCAGUUAGUAUUGCAUCAUCUAACUGGGAAUUGGACACUCUUUGUAAAGUAUUAUAGCUUUCUGAUUUUUAUAAGUUUAGAAACCGUGUAGCAGCCUUGAUUCAUAGUGAUGCUUUGUAAUGACUGUUAUUUUUGGGUCGUAAAUUCAUAUUUUACCUAAAAAAUGAUCUUGCAAUAU